AUGAUCGUUCCUACGCUGCUGGUGUUGGCGACGAUGCCGGCACAUUACCACACCAAAACUGAAACUCGUCGCAUACUCGGUGGCUUUGCCGAUAUAAAGGGGAAAUACCCCUAUGUAGUGGCAUUGUACAACGACUAUCGACGCUGCACGGGCACACUCAUAGAUCCCAACUGGGUGCUGACGGCCGCACGCUGUCUCUCUAUCUCCAAGUACGUACAGUUUGGUAACAUGGAAACACCGUUUAACGAAACAAAAUCCAAGAGAAAAAUUCUACACAUAGAACAACCAACAGCAGCUUCUGCGAUGAUCCCCGACCUGGGGUUGAUCUAUAUUGAUCUGGUUCCCUUAACGGUAUACGGCCAUGUGUCAGCAGUUGACUACAAGGUGAUACAAGGACACGCCGUCGAGUACGCUGGCUAUGGAUUUACUCAGAAAGACUUAACAAAAGACAAGGCAAAGGUGUUCCGAGAUGACCAGACGCGACUAUUGCAGAUAGGAUCCGGUAUUGCAAGCAAAUGUGAGAAUAAGGUUAUAACUACACAACUUGUUUGCGUAGCUCCAAAGUGUUCGGCUAAGUGGCAACAAUCUUUGCCCGGCGAUCUCGGCGGCCCGCUUUUUUUCGAUGGCAAGGUAGCUGCCAUCCUUGUCGGAGGUCAAACUCACAACUCCAUCCGGUAUUAUACGCCACUGAGUCCUCAUCUGAGUUGGAUACAAAAAGUGAUAGGCAACCAGCGGCUGACGAUCAGGUCGUAUGCACAGCUCUUUGACACCGUCAAUGCGAAACAAAAUAAUCAUAGUCGUUUUCCACCCGGGUACCAACAGUUUUACAACAUUACCCGGAUGCUCAAAUUGAAUAACAUUUUAAAGAAAGUAUGGAUCCCAGUAAAAUCCAGAUGUUAUUCUGCCUACCCAACAUCAUUUACUCAUUACUUACAAAAUCUCCCCACUACUCAGUAUACUACGCUGAGCAAUGGCCUCACUGUAGUGUCAGAGCAGCGCGAGUCGUAUAAUGCGUGUAUAGGUCUCUUCAUAGACGCCGGCUCCAGAUACGAGAGCAACGUUGAGAAUGGCAUAGCUCAUUUUUUUGAGCACAUAGCUUUUAAAGGAACCAAUGGACGGAGCAAGUUAGAUCUCCAGGCACAGAUGGCAAGUCUAGGUGCCAAGUACAAAUGCAUCACCACUCGUGAGCUAAUCGUUUACUACGUAGAGUGUUUGAGUCAAGAUACACCUCUGGCAACCGACAUACUCACCGAUUGUGUAUUCAACAACAGUUUGGACCAGUGCGAGAUAGAGCACCAAAAGAAGACUGUGUAUUCUGAAAUGAUUGACCAUGAUAAGGACCCCGGUAAAGUGGUGUUUGAUUAUUUGCAUGCAAGUGCAUUUCAAGGUACGCCUCUCGCCCAAACCGUUAUGGGCCCCAGUUCGAACCUACACAACUUUACUGAUUGUACUGUAUGUCGGUACUUGUCCAAAUGCUUCGAUCCGUGCAGGACGGUUCUCGCAGCCGUCGGUGGCAUUAAACACGAACAGAUAGUAUCUCUCGCCGCUUCCUACCUUUGCGAUUUAGAACCAUUGAAAUGUAUAGAUAUGGAUGCUUACCGAUACACGGGCUCUGACGUUCGCUUUCGUGAUGACUCAAUGCCAACGGCCCACGUGGUGAUAGCUGUAGAGGGCCCUAGUUUCAGUGAUGACGACAGACUCACCAUGGAAGUAGCGAGGUUCAUAAUGGGUGGGUGGGACCGCUCCCAGCCCGGUGGCGUCAACCACCCUGCACGGCUCGCGCGUACUAUUUCCCAGGGCAACUUGUGCGACUCAUACCAAGCGUUCAAUCUGAGUUACAAAGAUUGCGGUCUGUUUGGAGUGCACUUCGUGGCUGAUACAAUGAAUCAAGAUGACAUAAUGAUGUCAAUACAAGAGGAGUUCAUGUAUUUGGCCAUGUGUGUGACAGAGCCUGAGGUGGAGAGGGCUAAAAAUUUUUUAAAGACAAAGAUUUUGUCAGAGACUGAGAGUUCAUUGGGCACGUGUAUGGACAUCGGGCGUUGUACGUUGUAUUACGGAUGCCGGCCGUCAUUGCUGCAGAAGAUGCAGGCUGUGGACAGCAUCACAGUGGAUCACGUGCGUCGGGCAUGCUACCAGUACCUGUUCGACAAGUGCCCGGUGGUUGCUGCUGUUGGUCCCACGGAAGGUCUUUUAGAGUACCCCAGGAUUAGAUCAUACAUGUAUUGGUCAAGAGUUUAA